AUGUAUGAUGCCGAUGAAUGGCAAAAGGCACAGAAGUUUAUGUCAGGGCUUCGAGUAGAGCUGUUGCAGGCUUUGAGCAUUUGGUCGAUCGACUCUUAUGAAGAAGCCUUGAGUAAAGCUUUGAUAAUAGAAAGGAAUCUUCUUCAAGUGAAGCUCAUUAGGUCUGGUGAAACGAAGGGAAACUCGGAACAGAAAUUGAGAAAUAAAAGCUCCCAAAAUAGCAGGCAAUGCCCCAAAUGCAAGAAGAACCAUCUGGGAAAGAAAUGCUUAGCAGGGACAUCCAACUGGUACUAUUCCAAGAAUUACCCAAAGAAGCCAAAACUCGGACAAGCAGGUGGACUAGCUGAAAAAGCAGGGGAGGCUCGCAAGACUAGUCAGGGACGCGUCUACAACCUCACCAAGGAAGAUGUGGGGACAGAUUUGACAGUCGUACAAGGUACGCUCUUUAUAUUGGAUACCCUUGUACAUGCAUUGAUAGACCUUGGGUCAACGCAUUCGUUUAUGUCAUAUGCUUUGGCUAAAAGUUUGGGGGUAGAAACUAAACCUAUGGAGUUUUCGAUAGUAAUUUCAACGCCCAUGGGUAAAAGUGCAAGGUCUUCAAAAGUGUUAGAAGGAUGUGAAAUUAGUUUAAGUGAUGCUCAGUUUCAAGUUGAUCUAAUUUUGCUAGAAGUAUAUGACUUCAACAUAAUCUUAAGAAUGGACUUCUUGUUUAGAUAUGAUGCCAGCAUAGAUUGUCGAAGAAAAAUAAUGACCUUAAAGAAAACCGAAGGUGAAUGGGUCAAAUUUCGAGGUCAGGGUGACCCUAAGAAUGGGAAAAUGAUUUCGACCGAGAAGGUAGAAAAGUUAAUAACCCAAGGAGUCCAUGGAUGUAUAGGUUAUGCUCGUUUAGAAGAGAAAGUAGUACCAAAACUCAAGGAGGUAUGGAUAGUACGAGAGUAUGAGGAUGUGUUUCCGGAAAGACUACCGCCACCUCGAGAGAUCGAAGUCUCAGUUGAGCUAAUGCUAGGAACCAAAUCGAUAUCAAUUCCUCCAUAUCAAAUGGCUCUGGCAGAAAUGAAGGAAUUAAGGAGUCAGCUUCAGGAACUGAUAGAUAAGAGAUUCAUUAGGCCGAGCACAUCGCCAUGGGACGUGAUGGUGCUAUUUGUAAAAAAGAAGGACGGAAGUUUGAGAAUGUGCAUUUACUAUCGUCAGUUGAAUAAGGCCACAGUAAAGAAUAAGUAUCCACUUCUAAGGAUCAAUGAUCUGUUCGAUUAG